AUCUUUCAUUCCUGUGAAUGGAAAAAUGUAUUGCAUUGCGGUGGUCGUCGUCAACUCUAUAGGCAAUCUGUGAGGAGAAUUUGCUACAGCAAUGAGAAGAUACGACUUCUAAGAAGAGUUUCGAUCUUUCAUAUUUCAUAUUUGGCACUGAAUUUUUUGCAAGGCCACUUAUUCCUGGACUUAUUCUAUUUUGGGUCUAUUACGGUUGUUUGUUAUUUGAACCCUGCUUCGAAUUUGGGCCUACUGCACUGUGCUCACCCAACAGAAGCAUAUACGAAUUCAUUUUGGGAGGGAGUAGCAUUACUAGAUUACCUUCACUUUUGGAUAUAAAGUUGGGGCUUUUUAUUUCCGCCGGAGCCAUGGUCACAGCGGCAAGACCUCCUCUCAUCUCUCCCAUUAAAACAAAGUUACGGUGUUUUCCGGGCGGCAGGAGUGAAUACGUCAACCGACAUUCAGUUUUCGUGCCUAAGGGUUGUUGCCAUAGUGGUGGUAUUACAAGAAAAUCUAGUGGCGGUGAUAAUGAAUUGCCUAGGCCACAGGCAUUUGCUCCGUUCCUUCGUGAUUCGGAGGAUAGUAGAUUGGGAAAUGGAGCAAUCGAGUUUUCUGAUACCAGCAGCGAUUAUUCUCACAUAGGGAGCUCAGGUGGAUUUCGCUAUCCUGAUUUAUCAGAGAAGAUGGUGGUGGCUGUUGAUAUUGAUGAGGUUCUUGGAAACUUUGUAUCAGCAAUCAAUCAGUUUGUUGCAGAUCGUUACUCACUGUGUCACUCUGUGUCUGAAUAUCACGUUUAUGAGUUUGCCAAGAUAUGGAGGUGCUCAAAGGACGAAGCAAACGUACGUGUUCAUGAGUUCUUUGAGUCAUCUUAUUUCAAGACAGCAAUCCAUCCCAUUCCUGGUGCUCAGCAAGCUAUACAAAACCUAUCCAAAGUUUGUAAUAUGUCAAUAGUUACGUCACGGCAAUAUGCAAUUCAAGAUCACACAGUUGAGUGGAUUGAGAAGCACUAUCCUGGCCUUUUUCAGAAAAUUUAUUUUGGAAAUCACUUUGCAUUAAAUGGAAAAUCCAUACCCAAAUCAGAGAUUUGCAGGUCAUUGGGAGCAAAAGUUUUGAUUGAUGAUAAUCCUAAUUAUGCCAUUGAGUGUGCUGAAGUUGGGAUCAAGGUUCUUUUGUUUGAUUAUGAAAAUUCAUAUCCAUGGUGCAAGUCAGACUUUGCUAAUGGCCACCCACUAAUCACCCGCGUCCAAAAUUGGGAAGAAGUGGAGCUUGAAUUAGCAUCUUUGAUCCUCCCCAGUAAUAAUAAUAUCAUCAUUUCAUAGUAAAUUAGUUUCAUACAUCGCUAAUUUGUGUAUGGUAAUUCACUGGAAUGUUAGCCCCAUGCAAAAUGUUGAGGCUAUCGCUUCAAAACUUGUACUCUAAUUGUUACAUAGCAUUUAGCAAUCUUGACUGACGUGUAGUCCCAUUCUUGAGUUAUCUUUCGUUUUUUUUGCAUUAUGGGACACUUGUAGUGAAUAUUCCAUGUGUGAUGUAUCACAUCAUUUGUAAGAUUACCUUUCAGAUUAUGAGCCCGUUUUGUAACACUAAAAUUGGCUGAAUUGGUUGAUUCUGCUGAAAUUUAUGAA